AGCCAGGAGCGCAUCGACGUCCAAAGCCAGAGCCGCGCCAACAUGCUGCGCGCCGCCCUCCUGCUGGCCUCCCUCGGGGCCACAUCGCUCGCCACCUUCCACAGCGGCGUCGUCUCCCGUCUCGGCGUCGGCUACGGCCACGGCUACGGGUUCGGCGGCGGCGUCAGCGCCGGUCUGCUGCACCAGCUGAGCCUGGGCGGCGUACUGCCGGUGGACGCGCUACGGCCGGCCCUGCAGCUCGUGCAGCACCGCUACGCCGGCAUCUCGCAAGCGGCGUCGGCGCAGAUCAUCCGGCUGGCCGUCACCAGGCCGCCGGCGCUGCUACUGCGUCGCAUCAGGGUACCCGCGGUGCCGGCGCUGUCCGGCCGUCUGGGGUACCUGCGAUCCCUGCUGACGGCGCUGGCGCCCAGCUUCAGCACGCCCGUGUACACCGGCGGCCUGGUCUCCCACCUGGGCCAGCUCGGCAUCAAUGUCCCGGCCUCGGCGCUGAUUGACCCUCUGGCGCUGACCGACUUCCGUGUGGCCAGCAGCCUGCUCGCUCCGGUGUCUGUGCCGGCCUUCAGCAGCUUCUUCACCGACCGGGUGUUGGGAUUUUCCCCCCACUCUGGUUACUCCAGUGUUCCGGUGAUCCCAUCUGCCGACGUCAUCGUGUCUCGGCUGGGUGACAUCGCGUUCAACCAGAUCCACGGCGUGUUCCGGCCGGUGGUGGCAGCGACGGGCUCGCUCGCAGCCGGCGUGGGCUCCGUCAUUGCACCGGCGCUCUCGCACAUCGGUCUGCCGAGCCUGCUGCGGCCGGCGGUCGUCCUCGGCGGCUUGGCCGACUACCUACGCGUGCAGCACGUGCCCGUCAGUCGGUUCGUCCGUCAGAUCCGGACCAUUCGGGCGCCGGGCAUCAUCGGUCUGAUCAACCCCAUCUCGGUUGCGCCAAUUGCUCGUCGUUUGAGCUUCGUGCCCGCUACCGUUAUCGGGAGAGACAUCCUGCCGACCCUUGCCCUGCGCUACCGAACUCUACCGAGAAUACUGCAGUCGAACCUCAAUUUCAACGAGAUCUUGCCCGGCUACUUCGGUAGCUCUCUGGUACCCGCCGGUCACGUCCUAGACCGUGGUUUCGUCAGUGGUCUGCUCAGCGGUUUUGACGGCUUCAUACACAGCCGCUUGAAGGGGUACCGAGGCAGUCUCUGGAAACGAGGCCUGUGUACGCGGGGAAAAUAAGGGACGCACGUGAAUGAAAGUGCUUUAAGAAUGGUGAUUGUGCACUGUCACGCCUCUGGUCGCGGGCUCUGCAGCCGCGCGUUAUGUGCGCGUAGCCAGCUGAACUUGUGUUUGUUUUUCUUCACAUGUGAAGUGUUGCGCACUGCUCUUUACGACAUACAUACCUCGAGAGCAAGAUCAUUUUCUGAUGGCAAUGAGUGGAAGCCCCAAGUUAGUCAGUGCUAGUGCAGUGCUACUGGGUUUUAGUGAGUGUAUGUUGAACCUUAGAGCCGUCUUCACGCGGAAAUGCAAAGAAAUACCACGGAAUUAAUCACCAGCUUCAUUUCAAGCUCAUCCCUCAGUCCACGCAUCCAUUUAUAUG